CAAGAACGCGCAGCUAAACAAAAAUUAAUCUUGGCUUCGGUUUGGCUGUUACCCAAUCUUAUUUGUCGCUUAUGGCUGUCGGAGUUUUACAUUUUUGCAAGUUUUAUAUGCCAAUUUAGGGAGAGGUUGAGUUUUGUGAGGGCUGGUGUAUUAAGAAUUUGCAGAAGGCAUGAGCAAAAGACGGCGUACGUCAUCUGUCACUAGCAGUCGUCAAGAUGGCGAGUCUGAGUGUGGGGAGUCUGAUUCACAGUCUUUACCAGAACCUUCAGCUCGAAAGAGAAAAAAACUUGACCCUAGUGAACAGUGUCAACAAGUGUAUGAUAUCUUAAGAACACACAAGAAAGAAGAUGGCUCUAUACUCUGUGAAGCAUUUGUACGUGCUCCAAAGCGCCGCCAAGAACCAGGAUACUAUGAAGUUGUCACAAGUCCAAUGGAUUUCAUUAAAGUUCAACAAAAAAUUAAGACUGAUGAAUAUGAAGAUGUUGACGACAUGACUGUCGAUGUUGAACUGAUGGUGAAUAAUGCGAAGGCUUUUUAUAAGCGUACUUCUCAGGAAUAUAAAGAUGCUGUUGAUUUAUGGGACUUGUUCUGCUCAGUGAAAGAUCAGCUUAAGACUGAUGGUGAUUUAGAUUCUUUCAGAAAUAGGGGUAGGCCUCGCCGAAUAAUCAAGGAAGAAAUAGAUGAUACUUCUGAGAGCUCCAAUAGCCCUGAUGAUGAAAUUGCUAAUCAAUUAGAAGAACUGUUUUCUGCAGUUAUGUCUGCUUCUGAUGAUGAUCGUCCCUUAUAUCCACCAUUUCAACUGUUACCCUCAAAAAAGCAUUAUCCAAACUAUUAUGAUAUUAUUUCCAAUCCCAUUGAUUUAAAAGCAAUUGGAAACAAAAUUCAAAAGAACAAAUAUUCAAAUCUAAAUGACUUGGAGCAAGAUCUCCUUCUUCUGACCAAAAAUGCUUGCACGUACAAUGAACCUGGUUCACAAAUUUACAAGGAUGCCAAAGCUCUCCGAAAAUUGAUUCAGACCAAAAAAAUAGAAGUUGAACACAACAAAAAUUCCCCAGGGAAAUGCAGUGAACGUAUUCGGAGCAAAAGGCUGCGUGGCACGCAGAGUGCCUCUGCCAUUGCAGCAGCACUGCAAGACCAGGAUGAUGAAGAUAGUUCAGAUGAUGACGAUGACCCUUCAGAUGAUGAAGAGUCAGACAAUCCUAGUUGGCAGCUGUAUCAGUCUGUCAAGAAUGCAGGCAACAAUUUAAUUCAGCCAUUUUGGAGAUUACCUUCAAAACGAUACUAUGCUGACUAUUAUAAAGAAAUUAAAAACCCAAUAUCAUUGCAACAAAUAAAAAACAAACUUCUCAAAAAUGGUUAUGGCACCUUGAGUGAAGUUGCUGGGGAUUUAAAUAUAAUGUUUGAAAAUGCCAAAAAGUACAAUCGACCUGAUUCAAGACUUUUUAAGGAUGCUGUCAAACUUCAAAAACAAAUGCAGAACAAAGUUACAGAAUUACUAGAGUUCUCACAGUACUCUGAAAGUGAAGCUGAAGAUUAUGAUGAUCAAAAUGAUGCAAAGCGACCUCGCAGAAAAGCUACACCUAAAGCUAAAGUCAAGAACCCGCAACUCAAAAGAAGACUGGAGGCCUAUGUUAAAGCUCUCACCAAUUACGAGUGUGAAGAUGGGAGGCAACCAAUACUUGUAUUCAUGGAAAAGCCGUCGAAAAAGUUAUAUCCUGACUACUAUCAAGUCAUCAAAGAACCUAUUGACUUGCUCACUAUUCAAGCAAACAUAAAAAGUGAAAAAUAUUCCACAGAUGAUGAUGCAUUAGAUGACUUCAAGCUAAUGUUUAAAAACUGCCGCCAAUACAAUGAAGAGUCAUCCUUAAUAUAUGAAGAUGCUAACAAUCUAGAAAGAAUUCUUUAUGAUAAAGUCCGCGAAUUAGGUGCAACAGUUAGAACACCCAGAAUUGUCCGAGCAUACACAAGAACUUCCAAGCCCCGGAAAGUGAUGGGAUCAGUACAAAGUAUGAAAAUGAGGACACUUUUUGAAACUGUCCGAGACUAUAGAGAUCCAAAAGGACGUCAACUAUCUCACAUCUUUUCAAAGUUACCCAGUAAACUUGAAUAUCCAGAUUAUUAUGAAGUUAUAAAACGGCCUAUUGACUUGGAGAAAAUAUCCCAAAAGUUAAAGACUAAUGUUUAUGAAAAUUUAGAAGAAGUUGCUCAAGACCUUAUCCUUAUGUGUGACAAUGCCUGCAAGUACAAUGAACCAGAUUCUCAACUUUAUAAGGAUGCUCUCAUGCUGCAUAAAUUAACACUCCAGACUAAAAUUCACCUACGAGAGGACGAAGAGUCCGUUCCUGAUGUUCAAUUAGCUGUCCAAGAUCUCCUCUUGUCACUUUUUACAUCUUUCUACAACCAUCAAGAUGAGGAGGGUCGAUGCUUUUCAGAUUCGAUGGCUGAGCUUCCUGAAUAUGAUGACAUUGAUGGACAAAAGGUCCGCAGUCUGUCUCUUGAUCUCAUUAAAAGACGUCUGGACCGUGGACUAUAUCGCCGUUUAGAUGUGUUUCAAAUUGACAUUUUUGCUGUGCUGGAGAGAGCACGCAACUUAUCUCGGACUGAUUCUCAAGCAUUUGAGGAUUCAGUUGAACUUCAGUCAUUUUUCAUUAAACUUAGAGAUGAGCUCUGCCGUGGCGGUGAUCUACUUAAUUCUCCGGCCUUGAAUUACACUCUUUAUACAUUAGCAGAUGCCGUAGAACAAACACGGCAGCAAAAGUUACUGCAAGAACAGCCAGAAGAUGACCUGGAGGCUUCAAGGACUGUAGAUGACACAAAGCCAACGGAGAAUGGUGAUUCAGUGGAAGACUCAGGCAUGGUUCAUAAUAAGCAGAUGUAUCGGCCUGGUGACUUUGUUUAUGUUGAACCCAAAGAGCGUGGAAUGGAUUGGAGCAUUCUUAGUAUUGAUAGAAUGUGGACAGCUGAUGAUGGAAAGCAAAUGCUACAUGGGUGUUCCUUCUACAGGCCAAAUGAAACAUACCAUGUAGCAACUAGGAAAUUUUUAGAGCAGGAGGUUUUCAAAAGUGACGUGAAUGUGACAGUUGAAUUGAAAGAAGUAUUAGGACUGUGUGCUGUAAUGUUUGUAAAAGAUUACUUCAAGUUCAAACCUGAAGGAUUUGAAGACAAAGAUGUUUAUGUUUGUGAGUCACGGUAUUCAACCAAAGGACGUUCUUUUAAGAAGAUUAAGUACUGGCCUCACAAUUCAGCUGAAUAUUACAAUUUCAUUGAGAGGGAAGAGUACUUGGAUUCAAAACGUACUGUCUCAGUUUUCAAAGAUCGUAUUGACAAGCAUAAAGAAGAGAUUGCUGAACUUGAUGAGAAUGAAAAGCUGCCUGAUAAAAAUCAGUCUGACCUUGAAAUAGUAAUGCCAGAGUCAAUGCCUGGUAUGAGAUACUAUGAGCAAAUUAAUGUUGCUUUUGGGAUACUGCGCACCGGUGACUAUGUGUAUAUAAGAAAUGAUGAAGGUUCUAAACUCAUUGGUCAAGUGGAUAGUAUAGCCAGAGACCAUCAGGGAGCAACAUACAUUCGAGGCCCAUGGCUUCUUACUCCACGAGAAAUUCCUCAAAAUCCCGGGAGGUUAUUUUACAAGCAAGAGUUGUUCCUUAGUUGCAUUGAAGGCGUUAAUCCGCUGCAAAAUAUUGUUGGGCGCUGUGCUGUCUUAGAACACCAAGAGUACAUUUCGAGCCGUCCUACUGAAGUUCCCGAACAAGAUGUGUACAUAUGUGAGUCUAUCUAUGACGAGUCUACAAGACAAGUGGUUAGACUCGAGCAAGAAGGCUUGAAGAAGUAUUGCCACAGUAAUGCAGUGCACGAGGACGAGAUAUACUUUUUCCGCAGAUUAAUUAAUCCACCAAAGAUUGGGUGUGACACCUCUCAAAAUUCUGACAUUAAGAAUGAGAAUAGCAUGGAUCAAAUCAAAAUGGAAAUGCCGGAUAUGAUGGAUGAUUCACUAGAUGGUGGCCCACCUUCAGUUGGUUCAGGUGAAACAAUGGGACAGACCAUUUCUAUAUCUGGAUCUAUUUCCACACCAGUUUCUGCCAAAAAGGCAAAGAAAGAUGGCAAGAAAUUAGUUACCGGUUAUAUUUUGUACUCAAGUGAUGUUAGAAGAGCUGUAGCUGCUCAAAAUCCUGACUCAACUUUUGGUGAUGUUAGCCGGAUUGUUGGAAAUGAAUGGCGCAGCCUGCCUCAAGAAGUAAAGACUGCUUGGGAGGAAAAAGCUUCCAAAAUGAAUGAGGAAAUGCAGGCCAAACAUGCUGCUAUGGAAGCAGAAGCUUUAAGUAAAGCUGGACAACUUGGUCCCAACCAUGUUGUGCCUGUCACAGAAAUGCUCUGGGAGUGUUGCUGGGAUACCUGUGAUUUUCAAUUUGAGGACAUCUCUGAUUGCAUUGAGCACUGUGUAGGUUCUGGUUUAGAUCCUAGCGGACAUGUACAUACGUACUUUGCUAACCAGCCUUCAGAUUCUGAAUGGCAGUGCCAGUGGAGAAAUUGUGGUAGGAUAAAGAAAGGUGCUCAACCUUUCCCAAAUCUCCAACGUCUUGCGAGGCAUGUGAAAGAAGUUCACAUUCAAAAGAGCACUGGUAGGAUUAUUCAACUACACGAACGUAGUAAAAAUUUUAUUUUGUCACGGAAGCCUCGCCCUCCAACUCAGCUGAAUAACACCAAUCAGCAGCCUCAAACAUUUAUGAAUCAUGGGCAUGCAAAUGCUAAUCACGUACUGGGAGGGCAAAAUAGAAAUACACCUUCCCCGCUCUCACAAUAUAAUAACAACAAUGCAAUUGUAACCCAACCACCUAAACCACUAGAACCACUGUUCGUAUCUGUACCACCAAAGCCCCAAAGGCUUCUUCAUUCUGAAGCUUAUAUCAAAUAUAUUGAAGGUUUAUCAGCUGACAACAGAACUGUGAACAACUGGGAAAAACAACUGAAAGCAAGGCCUGAAAAUACUUCACUUCCUGAUCAAUCAAGACUUCCUGGUCACUGGUUGGCGAAUGGUGUUGGCAACCAUGGUACUAUGGUGAACGCGCUAUGGACACUACGUGACUUUAUGGUUAGGGAUGCUUUGGGCAUCUCAAAACUUGUCUGACAUCAAGCCAGGGCUUUGCCGCUUCGCACUAAUGGCAAUGUCCUGAAACGUUUGUAAUUUUUGAAGCCACUUUAAUAACUGCAAUAUACUAAGUACAAAGCUUUUGGGAUGAGUACUUAUUCAUACUGUGUGCAAUGUGAAAUUUUGCAAAUGAUGUGACUGAUAGUUUUUCUUUGUAAGUUGGAUGAAUUUUGAUAAGAUUUUUAAAGUAAAUAGUGUAUGUAAUAUGCUAAACAUACGUUUCCCGUUAUACCUGUUAGAUUUUGGUUAGUUGUUAUCACUCAUCUCAUAAUUUUCAUUUUCAUCUUACACUGCAAUGUAUGGUGAUAAAGGGGAGGUUCUGUAGGGGAGGGACAAUACUUAAAACUUGGAGCAGCCUGGUCUCCAAGAGUACCCCAAUUUGGUGUGCCUGUGGGUUUGCCUUAAAGUACUACAAGUUACCUUUCAUAAAUAAGCUGUGGUUCUUUUUAUGAAAUGAUAUUUAGUUAUUUCUUGAAAUGUUCCUGUAACCCACUACCUCUGUCUAUCUAGACCAUUUUUUAAUUUAUUCUGUUGAGAUGUGUAGCGCUGUUGCGUAUUUACUCUGCUCUGUACACACUGAUAACAUAUUCAUGUUCGUACUUGCCUCCAUUAAUGGAAACUUGCAUCUAUCAAAUUUACUGACAUUGAAACAUGGCAGGAAACACUUGUUUGUGCACCAGUGACAGAUUUAAAGGUUUGCAUGUUUAUAAUAGUUAUAUAUGUAUUAUAUAUAAAUAUAUCCUUUAAUGAAUUUAGAUCUGAACCAGCUAGCACAGAAACUGCCAUUGUAAUGUUAUUUAAGUGAUCUUAGUUUGUUUUCUUUCUGUUUUGGUCAUUUUGACAAAAUCCAAUUAUUGUAUAGUAAUGAACUUCACCCGGUUGAUUAAAUCCAAGACCAAACUUUGA